AUGGACAUCAAGUCACUGUCCGAGGUGCAGAAGCAGAUCUUCACCAAUCUGAUCGAGAAGCUGAUCGCUCGCAACAAGUUUCCACCGAGCGAAGCGGAAGACGUCCAGAAGCUGCUGGAGAACGUGCGCGAUGCGAAGAACUUUCACAAGAUCAUGGAGAAACUGAAGGAAUGCGGCCAGCUGGACGUCGAUAUCGAGGAAAACUUCCGCGAAGAGAAUGGAAUUUUCCUCAAAGAUACGGCCAAAAAGUUUGGACCCGGCGGCCAAACACUCACACCGCGCCACACUAUCGACGCAAUAUUAGGUUUGAAUAAUUGUGACAAUGGAGGCGACUCGAGCGAUGCGACCGAUCUCAGUGCAUCGCCCUUCGGUCAGAUCAAGGUGUGCGAUCAGCAGCAAAUGCUGGCCGCCAAAGCGCCUCUCCCGGCCUACGGUACCGCCCUUGGCAGUCCUUCCGGCAGUCCGGACAAAUAUCAGCACCAGCAGCAGCAACAACAGCAGCAACAGCAGCAGCAGCAGUUGGCCAAUUAUCAAAAUCACAUCAAAUCCCUGGACUUGGCCGCCGCCCUCGAUCCGUCGUCCGGCGCGGGCGGCGGACUCCAUCAUCAGCCGCAGCAUCCCGGUACGGCCACCGGUCACCCGUCCCACCUGGCCGCCCAGGCUGAGCUCGAGUACAUGAAGAGCCUGAAGGAGACGAACAAAUACUUCAUCGACCGCAACUACCGGGCGGCCCUGGGGUACGCGGUGGCCGGCGGUGGCGGCUCUCGAGGAGCACCACCGGUGGGGGACGGCGGCGGCGUAGUCACCGACUACGAGGAGGACCUCAUCGCGUCCGGGCCGCUGAAGCGCAAAUACGCGGAGCGGGCCCCGGGCUCGGACGGUGGCGGGGGUGGAGGCGCGGAAAGCAAUCCGUCCGACAGCUCCAUUAACAAAUAUAAUAAGCUGCAUGAGUCAGCCGAUAAAUCAAUUAGGGCUAAUAGUUUCGAUUAUAUGAAAAAUUUCGACGAGCUCCGGGCCCGGCAGCAGGCGGCGGCGGCCUAUGAGGCUGACCAGCAGCAGCCACAGCCACAGCAUCACCUCCAUCCGACGACCCAACAGCAGCAGCAACAUCAUCUCCAUCAACAGACACAGCAGCACCUCCCGCAGCAGCAGCAGCAGCAGUCACCUUCGGGCGCGACUCCCCAACAGCAGCAGCACGGGCCGUCGGGUGGAGCGGCGACCGCCGAUGACUACCGGCAGUCGGUGGACGGCGGGGACAAGGGCACGGACGACGGUGGGACGGUCAGCUACGCGUCCAGCGAGGAGCUCAAUCAGACCACGUCCAGCGAGCAGGGCGAGAAGGUCGGUUCCGGUAGCGACGACGAAGGAGGUGACGAUAAUUGCUCGAAGAAGAAGCACCGACGUAACCGGACCACCUUCACCACCUACCAACUGCACGAGCUGGAACGGGCGUUCGAGAAGAGCCACUACCCGGAUGUCUACUCCCGCGAGGAGCUCGCGAUGAAAGUCAAUUUGCCGGAAGUCCGCGUUCAGGUUUGGUUUCAGAAUCGGCGCGCAAAAUGGCGCCGGCAGGAAAAAUCGGAGAGUCUGCGGUUGGGACUGUCACACUUCUCGCAGCUGCCCCACCGGCUGUCCUGUAACGGGGGCAACCUUCCGGUCGAUCCGUGGUUAUCGCCGCCGCUGCUCUCGGCACUACCAGGGUUUCUGUCGCACCCGCAGGGAGUGUACCCGAGCUACCUAACGCCACCGCUAAGCCUCAACCCGUCCAACCUGGGCAUGACGCAGCUCGGGCUGGGCCACCCGAACCCCAGCUUGCGCAUCUCGCCCCAGAGCAUGGCCGCCAUGUCUCCGCAGAUGACCGCCGGUGGCGGAAUGCGGCUCUCGCCCCCUCAUCACCUCAACGGUGGCCUUGGAGGGGGGCCACAGAACCUGUCGAUGCCACCCUCAGGCCACGGCCAUCAACCCAACCCGACGCCACGUCACCAUUCGCCCCUCGACGGGGGUCAAACGUUGCAGCACCAACCACCGCAUCCCGCACCAUCGUCCGGUGGCUCCACCGGACCACCCAACUGUCCCGUCUCGUCGCCCCAGAACCUCUCCCUAACGCCCCCAGGACACCGCUCUCCGUCGGGAGCCACCGUCAGUUCGCAACCGCUCAGCCCUAGCUCAUCCCCGACUGGCCCGAAGCACACCAAACUGGCACCGAUCGAUCCGGGCUCGGAAUCGGACAGUCCAACGGCGGCAGACCAAGGGGCGGGUGGGCGGACGACCACCGCCACGGCAGCCCUCAACAUGACGGUUCAUCACUCGAGCGACAUGCGCACCAACUCGAUCGCGACGCUGCGCAUCAAGGCCAAGGAGCACCUGGAGAACCUGAGCAAAGGCAUGACCACCAUGGUGUAA